GCGCCGGGGCCAGCCUGCCUUCCGGCAGGUCCCGUUAUCAUGUCGCUGAGGCAGCGCCUGGCCCGGCUGGCCGGCUGGCUGCAGGAGCCGCAGAAAGUGGCCCGUUUCCAGCGGCUGUGCGGGGUGGAAGCGCUGCCGAGCCGCUCCGCCGACCCGAGGCAGGAUGAGGAGGCGGAGGCGCCCCGAGCCGGAGACCCCCGGCGGCGAGACCGGCAGGCGAGGGCCCCCGGGGACCCGCCGCCGCCCGGCAGCGACCGCAAUCAGUGCCCUGCCAAGCCGGGCGGCGGCGGGGCCCCCAACGGCGUGCGGAACGGGCUGGCCGCCGAGCUGGGCCCGGCCUGGCCGCGGCGCGCGGGCGCCCUGCGCCGCAACUCGCUGACGGGCGAGGAGGGCGAGCUGGCCUGCGUGAGCAACUGGCCGCUCUACUACCUGUUCUGCUUCGGCACCGAGCUGGGGAACGAACUCUUUUACAUCAUGUUCUUCCCCUUCUGGAUCUGGAACCUGGACCCCCUGGUGGGCCGGAGGCUCGUGGUCAUCUGGGUGCUGGUCAUGUACCUGGGCCAGUGCACCAAGGACAUCAUCCGCUGGCCGCGGCCCGCCUCGCCGCCGGUGGUCAAGUUGGAGGUCUUCUACAACUCCGAGUACAGCAUGCCCUCCACGCAUGCCAUGUCCGGCACCGCCAUCCCCAUUUCUAUGGUCCUUCUCACCUACGGCCGCUGGCAGUACCCUCUUUUAUAUGGACUGAUUCUUAUUCCCUGCUGGUGUUCUCUAGUUUGCCUAAGUAGAAUUUACAUGGGAAUGCACUCCAUUCUGGAUAUCAUUGCUGGAUUCCUAUAUACCAUUUUAAUCUUAGCUGUCUUCUAUCCAUUUGUGGACCUGAUUGACAACUUCAACCAAACUCACAAAUACGCUCCAUUAAUCAUCAUUGGGCUUCAUUUAGCUUUGGGGAUCUUUUCUUUUACUCUGGACACCUGGAGCACAUCCCGAGGCGACACUGCUGAGAUCCUAGGAAGUGGUGCUGGAAUUGCAUGUGGAUCUCAUGUUACUUACAACAUGGGUCUAAUGCUGGACCCUUCUCUAGACAUAUUACCUUUAGCUUGGCCCCCUAUUACUCUGACUCUGUUUGGAAAAGCCAUAUUGCGGAUCUUCUUAGGGAUGCUAUUUAUCCUAGUAGUCAGAGAUACAAUGAAAAAGAUCACCAUUCCUUUAGCCUGUAAAAUCUUCAGUAUACCGUGUGACGAUAUUCGCAGAGCCAGACAGCACAUGGAAGUUGAACUCCCUUACCGGUAUAUUACCUAUGGAAUGGUUGGUUUUUCCAUCACAUUUUUGGUUCCUUACAUAUUUUUCUUUAUCGGUAUUUCUUGAUGGAUAAACAUUGUUUAUGAAAAGAAAGGAAGGUAUCAGUUACUGAUAUUUAAAAAAUAUAUUCUAGGUAAAAGCCAGAUCAGAGUUAGGCUUUUGCAGGAAUUUACCUUAAAUAAUUAUUUAAGUAAAUUCAUAAGAGUCAGUGCAUUUUGUCAUUGCACACCCAGUUAUUGUUUUAAGUGAGCUGAACUAUCAAUACUGAGAAAAUGAUAAGUAUCCAUUUAGAAUGUUCAUGUAAUGUUUUGGGAGUUUUGUGCUGUUAUGGAUUCAAGUUAUAUAUAAUAUAUAUUAAGGUACAUAAUGUACAAUAAUAUAUCUAAUAUAUGUUAUAUAUAAAAUAAUAUACCUAAGUUUUUUUAAAUUGUGGGGGUGUAUUAUAAAAUCAGUAAUAAUAUGCAAACUCUUGUGCCUGUGUAUUUGAACUAAAUACAGGUAUGUUAUUAUUAACAAAUAUAUUUAAUGUUUAUUGACUAUGGAAGCCAUUUCCUAAUCAAGUUGCAUAAUACUAGACCAGAACGCGGAUGCCAGCACACGUUGAUUGACUGCCUCUUCUUACACUGCCAUCAACUUUCAUAUUACCAUGAUGUUGAACAUAGGAGGCAUUUUUAAUGGACCAAAUUUUCAGAAAAAUUUGUUUUGGGAUUCUUUUUUUUUUUUUUUAAGUUCUAUAGACUGUUUUGAAUGUACUUUAUUUGCAGCUGUUUUGGACAUCUGUUUAAUAAUUCAGGUACUGAAUUUUAUUGCUUGCUAAUUGUGCCUUUCUGUUGCUAAAUUAAGAAAUGCCAUGUUUACUGCGACAUAAAAAUAAGUCCCUAACUUUAAGUUACAUAUAAUCAGGCAACUAUUUAAAAGUUAUAUGUUAUGCUAAUAGGCAUAGAGUUAAACCACCUUUAACUCUUUAGCUUUUAUUUAGAAAGAAAUGUGGAAUGAGCUAAAACUUUCCAAUAAGUUAAAAGGUGAAAUGGAUAAACAUGUCCCUGUUCUGUAGGUAUUUUUCUGUGCAUUGUAAGUUACAGGAACAAGGUAUAUAUUUUGUACGUUGUCUGGAUUGUUUAUACUGCAGGUAGAUAUUUACAAUGAGUAGGAACAUAGCUGAAAUUUAUAGAUGGGACGGUGCACAUGCUUCAUAUGUAAACAAAGCAUUUUUCUAAAUUAUUUGCAAAGGUUUGUUAACUUUUAAUGUCCAUUAGCUACUUACAGUAAAUUUUAAAUUCUAAAAUUAGUAAUCAGUAUUUUAGAUCCUAUUAUUUUUUCAACUUUUUAUUAUUUUCACAUUUGACUAUAGUAUUAAACUAUUCUUCUUUCUGUUUGCACCUUUAUAUUUUGAAGUGUGAUUAUAAUUAGGUUAACAUUAAGUUUAUUUGUAGAAAGUUUUUCAUAAAGAAGAAAAUUAACUUUCCAUAUAAAUGAACAUCAGGUAUGGAAUUACAGAUUUUAGUGCAAUAUCUAUACAAUUAUCCAGAAGUAUCACUUAAGAUGUUUCUGUUUUGGACAGUGUAACUGUUUGAGCUCAUAUUUUUAUAAUUCUCAUUGAGAAUUUAGGGGCAUGGUAAUCUUUACCAAACAAUCUGAUAAUUUGAAAUGAAGCAACUAAAUUUACCUUUACCUAUUAGUUAAAAGGAAACCAAGGCAUUUAGAAACAUAUCGGUACAUUGGAAAAUGUGAAAUGAGCUUUUCUUUCAAAAUGUGUAUUUACUGAAUUGAAUUUUAGGGACCGUUGCCCAGAAUUUGAGUCUGUGCUAUCCCAUUAAUUUUUGUCUAGCUUAAAAGGUAUUUGAAAAUAUUCCAUUUCUUUGUAUUUUAUUAUUUUCUGACCGAUGACAGGUUUAUGCUAAAUAUAUUUUAAAAUAAAAGCCAAAUUCAAGAUUA